GGCACGGGGGUGCCGAAGGAUACAUCUGUGUGUUUACACUAGCGCACCGUCCCACCCGUCGUGUGCGGCGAUCUCUUCAUUCAUCAUCCUCAUCACAUAUAAAGAAAAAUAGAUGCAGCGACUUCGAUCGAUGCUCACGAUUGGGCGUCAUUGCUGCGGUGUACAACUGCGCCGAUUCGCGCGCGGCGACUUCAUGCGGGUAGAGGCACAGCGGAUCGUGUGCCCUGCCCGGCCUGUACACCACAACGUCGCCGUGAGGAGUAAAGCCUCCCCGCUAACACCCAAAGCUGCCAGCCCACAAUGCAACAAGGGAAGCCUGCAGAGGAAGAACAGCACAAAAGGGACGAAAUCGCCCGAGGAGGAACUCCUGCGGAAAGUUAACACGCUCGUCGGGCAGCGCAACGCACACGAAGCCGUGCGAGUGGUGAAGAGCGCGUUGUGGGGAGAGUGGCCUCCGGCGCCACCGCCACAAGGAGGCGCACCAGCAACAGACACGAACUCUGUCUCAGCGUCCUCUUCCCGCACCGAGCAGCGUGCCAUUUUCUCCAGCAAAGCCUUCGCUGCGGCUCUCUACGCCUGCGAUGCGGCGAACAACGCAGCGGACGGUCUUUCUCUCGUCUCGGAGGUGCGUCGGCACACCACCGUCAUAUCCAACGACUGGCUUAGGUCCGAACACGUUCUCUUCGCUGUUCUCCGCCUUCAAUGCGCUGCCGGCGAUCGCGAUGGGGCGACACAUAUGUUCGCGUAUCUGGAGCAACACGGAAUGCUACGCCUGCGUAGUGCUUCUGUUUUUCUUCGCUACUGUUGUUUCAAACUACAGGACCGCCGUCUGGCUUUUGCCGUGUAUGAGAAGGCGCUCCAGCACAAGAUUGAGCUGACGGAGCCUGACUACGUGGCGCUCGGCACUGUGUGUGUGCAGCUUUGCGAACCCAUCUCUACCCUCUUCUUCAUGCUGGAGGAAAUGAAGGAGCAUGUACCGGGGGUGAGUGCGGCUUUUUUGGCAGACGUUGUGGAGCCGUGGGUGGCGAACGCGAAUAGCGCGAACAGCAGGAUUGGGGGAGCGAAAACCACUCGUGUGCCUCGGUAUCACGUGGCGACCGUGGCGCGGAUGGAGCAGCAAGAGCGAACAGCUCUACAGAGUACGAGCAAGGCAUUGCUGAACAGCGCGGAGGUGUGCUUGAAAGACGGUGGCAGCGACAAAAACAGCAGCAGCUGUGCGGCCUCAAGCCAGCCACUCAUUCAAGCUUGCGGUGUCUGCCCCGUGUGCCACACGGAGUUGUCGGGCUACGCCUUCACGGCGGCCUGCCGAAACCAUCUUCUCAGCGAACUGAAGGAUCUCGUGAUUCCGCAGGCGUGCCGCAGCCGUCGCGCGCUGCUGGGCUUUGAGCACUGGAAGCGGUACAUCCACGCCCGCUAUGACAGCGGCGAUCGUGUCGACGUGUUCAUCGACGGCGCCAAUCUCGGCUACUACGGGCUAUCCAGCUGGUAUGACCUGGCGAAGAAGCAGCUGCUGCUGCACCGCGGCGUCGCGGAAGGUCAAAUCACGGCGCAAGACUUGAACUUCAACGAGCAGUGCAAGGCCUCCGCCAAAGGAGUGGAUGUCGGGGUGAACUUUGAUCUUAUUGACAGCGCGGUGAAGCUGGCGGUGGAGAAAUACGGUCUGCGGCGGCCUCUCGUGAUGCUGCAUGAGCGCCACGUGGAGCCGCGUUUCAUGACACCGCAGGCUGCUGUCAUUGUGCAGCACUGGCGCUCGCUGGGGUGGCUGUACUGCACCCCGACCGGACUGAAUGACGACUUGUGCUGGUUGUACGGCGCGCUGUUAAUGACGGAUCCAACCGAUAGAAGGGGCGAGGGUCGGCAACGUGCUGCCACGGCUGCGUCAACGUCGCAUCGCACGUUGGUGUGCACCAACGACAAAAUGCGCGAUCAUCACUUUCGACUGUUGAGUCCACGUGCAUUUACGCGGUGGCGAGAUCGGCACCGCAUCGGCUUCCGCUGCGGCCGGGUGGAGAAUCGAACGGAGCUGUACUGGGAUCUGCCUGCGCCGUACGCGCGGUGCAUACAGCGGCACGACUUGGUGCUGCCGCCACCGCCCUCUUCGACCACGUCUGCUUCUCCAGAGGGAGAACGUGUAAAGGCGGAAAACGGCGGAGCUGCCGUCUCUACGUGGCACAUACCCUUUUCCAAAGACCCUGCGGUAUCAAGCGCGGCUUCUUUCCUCUCCUCGAUGAGAACUGCGGAGGGGACGACGGCGGAGUCGUGCAGUGAGUUGGAUGGAGCGCAAUUGGAGUCGGGACAGCAGGCCAAUCCGUCGACUGACGGCGAUCCAAUCGUUGAGCAAGCAGAUGGGGAUAACGACGAGCUGCACGCCUCGACUGACAUUCAGGAAUCGUCUCCGUGGAUCUGUGUUACUGUGGAGGCGUAG